ACAUCCAAUUUAAUUUGUCAUUCAAUUGCAUGUACAAUAAACCACUUAUAAUAUUCCUACAAGCUGAGUGUCUGCUCAUGCUAUUUCAUCACUCAUUAUCAUCAUCACUCAUUAUCUUAUCAAGCAACUUCAAGGACUCAGAUUCAAUGGAUGGAAGAAUGUCUAUGUAUGUGUUGCUGGUGUGUGUUUGGUGUUCCCUUGAUUCAGGUGGACUCCUGAUGGUUGUCACUGCUCAACCAACAGUGUCUGCUGAGAUCUUAACACCAGAGGCUGAUCGUAAAUUGGGUGGGCAGAUUAUUAUUAGGUGCACCGCUACAAACCUAGAGUCGGAUCACAUCGUGGAGUGGAGUACUUUUGACAUCUGUUACGUGAGACGGAUUGAUCACCCAUUAAGACAGUACGUGGAUGUUGAAGGAACAUCUGAGGUUAUACUAUCAUCACCUCAGCCGUAUCCAGAAUGCUCCCCUUCUGGAGCUAUCGCAGUAGACACCGGUACAGAGCUACCUUUGAGAUGUCUAUCUGAGACUGGUAACCCAGCAGAUAUAACAAGAACCAACCCAAUAACUGAUUACAGUAGCUACCCCUGGACAUCAUCAAGUGUCGAUGGUGAGGAUACAUUAUCAUUGAAUUUGACUGUGACUGUUGCUGACGAUGGUGUUGCAUUUAACUGCUCUGUAUUACAAGGGAGUGGUGCAAGUAUGACACGUUCGUGUAUCAUUGGACCAAUCAGUGUAGCAAGUUCGACAGAUGCGACUAAUGAAAUAACAUCAAUCAAACCAGAGACAACCCAACCCAACCAGCCCCACCCACCAACCCAAACCCUACCCAACCAGACCCCUUCUUUUAAUCUAUGGAUUGUAAUUACCCUCAGUGUAUCCACCAUCAUCAUCAUUCUUGGUGUAUUUCAAAUCUUCAAAAUGAGACAUAUCAUAAAAAGUCUUCGAAAGACAGAGGCAUCUCAAGUCCCCAAAGCUGAUCCCUACAUGGAGCUGCAACCAACGGAGGACAAGAACAAAGUCUAUAUGGAACCUACUACGGCUACAACUACCACACAAGAUACCUACUACCAACCAGUUGAAGUAGAGACAGACAGCCAUGAGUAUGACUACGCUCGGCCAGAGGGCAGCACCAACACCGACUAUGAAGCGGUCAGACAGCCACCGAGUUCAGCUGAGAGACCAUAUCAGAAUCUUUACAAUUAGACAUUUUAUUGUUUAUUGGACCCUUUCGGUAAAAAAAAAGAAAUUCACAGAUUUACAAA